AACAGUUGACUCGUCGACAAUAAAGAUAUUUCACAUACCAACUUUGCGUGAGGAGCAAGUCCUGAGAAGAGAGCUAACAUAUUAACUUCAUAUAAACUAAUCAAAGAAUGUUUCCCUAUAUUCGAUUAAAGCUACUGUCUAAUCCCUUUCCCACCAAGAAUUUGGAACACCCAUUGCUUUGAUUUUGAGCCUUUUUUGCAUUGGGCAAAGAACAGCCCCGCCAUGCACGGAGGGGAGUUCGAUUAUGGAGUGAAGGGUGUGGUGGAGGAAGAACAGAAACCUGCUGGUGAUGAGCUGAUAGUGGAUUAUUAUGAUUAUCUACACCAAAUAUUCGAUGAAAUGCCUGUUCCAGUUCGACAAUUUUCUUUUGUCAAAGUUUUGCCACUUGAGAAUCCUGAAGUAUAUGCCAUGAUCAAGAAAGCUGAAGAGACGAUUGGAAAGAUGAAUCAAGAUCAAGUUCUGUUAGCUCAGAAGAUAAGGAAAAGAGUUAUGGAUGGCGAUGAUGUGAGGGCAAAAUUAUGCAUGAUAAAUUACUAUGAUAACUGUGGAAUUUCCCCAAAUUGGGAGAAAGAGAGAUUGGAUACCCUGCAUCUAUCACUAGAUAAACUGACUUUUGCAAACAGUGCAUACAAAGAGAAAUCGAUUAACUCGUGCUUGUCGGGAGGGGAAGUCGAUAAGCAGAAACUGUCAUUUUCGAUAGUACAUGGCCGUAAAAACAUGGCUGAUGAGAGAAAUCUAUUAAGGGAGAUCAAAGCAAGCCAAGGGAAGGAUGAUGGCAUGACAGUAGAAGAACUCUAUGCUCCUAUUCAACGCCUAAAAGAGCAAAUGUGCUACAACUAUAGGGAUUGUGCGAAAGCCGCUGAUGAUGCUGCUCGUAAUAAAACCAUUCUCAAAGACAUCAAACAACAUCAAAUUGCUAGAGAGAAAGCUAUUGCUGAUGCCGUUGUGAAUGGAAAAUUGUGGAACUCCUUAGGUUCACAAAAAGCCAUACGAGCAGAGUUGCAGGAGGAACACAGCUACGAAUACAACUCAGGUCAGGUUGAGCAUAAUCACAAAAAAAUAAAUAUCAAAAUUAUAAAGUUAAAAAAAAAGUUGGAGAAGAUAGAAAAGGAUAUAAGUUCUCUGCAGAAACGCUUGAAAGAUACCAAUCGAAAAAAGGGCGCGGCAUACAGCAUCAUUCUUAAGCUGAAGAAGCAAUACGAAGAGGAGAACGCUGGUUCCUCUCCCAAAGAAAGUUGAAGAACUUGCUGAGAAGAAAGCAUUGCAGCACUUCAAGAAUUAUUUCGAGCACAGGUUGAAAAGGUUAUACAACAUAACAAUUGCCUCAGAUUUCAAAAGUGAUUAGGAACAGAGAGUCGAUGUCUUUGUUAAAAGAGGUGCUUUCCUUAACUAGAUUGCAAUGGUUGAUGAAAGAUGUGGAAGGUCAUUGAUUUAAAUCAUGGUUGACUAAAGAUGUAACGUAUGAGUUUCUUUGGUAACCAAAUAUAGUAGCGUCAAGUGGUUGUCUGAUGAGAUUAGUCAAGUUCUAGCUCUCAUAGAUUAAAAAGUAUAUACAUGUCAACAAAAUUUCUCAGCUUGUGUCCUUGUAAAAUUUAUUGUUCACUUGCACAUAUUACAUAUGCUUGAAGAUUUUGUUUGGUUAUUUGUUGCUCAAAUGUUUCCAUUUCUGUAAGUAUUAUUCAAAAAUAUCAAUGUGUACUGAUUCGAAGUUGUAAUGUACUCAAUUUUUUUGUUCGGAA